AUGACGCAGACGGUCGCGGUCCCCGGACAGCUUUUAGGACCCGCGGAUCGCUACGCCGCGGGCGCUGGGACGCACAUCCACGACUCGAACUUGUAUUCGUCGCUGCUGGGCGCGGUGACGGUUGCCCAGCCCGAGAAGGCGCGCGGACCCGCGAAGAGGCUGACGAGGAUAGCGGCGCUAGCAGCAGGGAAUAAUGACAGCAGCGGCGGUAACAACAAUAACACCAGCAGCAGCAGCAGCGGCAGCAGCAGUUCUUCCUUACCUACGAUCUCCGUCUCCCGCUCGGGCGUUUCCGAGAAGCGCGAGGUCCUGCCGGAAGUCGGCAACGUGGUUCUAUGCCGGGUGACGCGCAUCACGCCGCGGCACGCGUCCGUCGCGAUUCUUGUUGUUGGCGAUACGGUGCUCGAGGCGGAGUGGCAGGGCUUGGUCCGGGUGCAGGAUGUUCGGGCUACGGAGAAGGACAGGGUAAAGAUAUAUGAGAGCUUCCGGCCGGGCGAUAUUGUGAGGGCGCAGGUGAUCUCGCUCGGCGACCAGGCUAACUAUUACCUCUCGACCGCGAGCAACGAGCUCGGCGUCAUCAUGGCCACAAGCGAGGCUGGAAACCCGAUGUUCCCCGUUAGCUGGAAAGAGUAUAAAGAUCCGGAGACGGGCAUAAGUGAGCCUCGGAAGGUCGCUAAGCCGUUCUGA